AUGGAUGAGAGUUCACCUGGACCUGGGACUUCGAAAACGCCAGUGUCUCUGGGCUCUAGGAUGAACGGGUUUGGAUAUGAGCUGUUCCAGGUGUCGGAGGAGAGAGACGAGGAGGUGGCGGCUUUCUGCCACAUGCUGGACGUGCUGCGGUCAGCGUACCCUCACAGCAACCAAUCAAAGAAUGCCGGCUUCGUUUGGUCGCCGUCAGUCGGCCAUGAGGAGCUCCAUCAGGCUCUGGGCAUCAGCGUGAAGGUCACGGUCAUCAGCGAGCACUUCAGGGAGCCUCUGACCUUCACCUGCGAUGGCUCGUCCACCGUCGACCUGCUCAUCUAUCAGACUCUGUGUUACGCUCAGGACGACCUGGACCACGUGGACGUGGACGGAUACCUGCUGAAGGUCUGCGGACAUGACGAGUUCCUGAGCAACUGUCCUCCAGGCUCUCAGACUCUGGCUGGUCUGGAGUUCGUCCAACAGUGUCUGAAGUUCGACUGGGACAUCCGACUGUUUUUGACCAAGAGGUCCUCCAUCAACACAGAGCUCAGCCGCACGAAAGAAGAUGAUGAUACGGCAUCUACCAUGAACCACAGCAUCCUGCUGCAGGAGCGACCAAUCAAACAGACCGUCACCAGGGAGGCUCUGACUCUGCUCCUCGACACUUUUCAUAACGAAGCGGAAUCCUUCCUGCUGUCAGAGGUGGAGCUGCCGCUGCAUGUGGAGCGUCUCGUCCAAUCAGUGAAGGCGCUGUGCAGCUCGCUGGCUGCCGUGGAAACGCCUGAUGUGACAGCGGCACUCAGCCAGCUCCCAGCAUGCCCCUGCCGGCUGCAGCCCAAAGUCCUGAAGGACGCCUCGGUGCUGGCAGUCAGAGAGAACAGAGAGAAGGUUGUGGAGAAGCUGACGGCAUCCAUCCUGGACCUGGUGGAACUUUACUGCAGAACGUUUAACGCCAACUUUCACCCGACGACUCAGAGCCUGAGCUGCACGGUGCCGGUUCAGGAGGCCGGCCUGGUCACCAACGUGCUCUCCUUCAACGUGCACGCCGCCCAUCGCAUCCCCAUCACCUGGGCAGCCAGCUAUGAGGGUUUCUUCCUGUCCUGCUCUCUGACUCAUGGAGGGGCGGAGCUCUGUGCGCCGCAGCACACCAGCAAACAGUCGGUCAGCAAAUACCUGUUUCACCUGGUGGUGUGGGACCAGAGGUAUGUACCUGAACUCACCUGUCGGACACAGCGUCGGUUACCGUGGAGAUGUAGCUAUGUAGGGUCUGUUACCAUGGUGACCUAGCAAUGUAGGAUCUGU